AUGAUGUGAUUUUUUUUUUUAAUUUCUUCAUUUUAUUUUCUUCUUGAUCUGCAAUAUUUCUCUCAUCUUCUCAUUCUCCUGUCCAAAAAAUUAUUCUUUUCUUAGUCUUAAAAAAAAGAUAGAAAAGCUAAGCUGCUAGAAAUUAUUAUCUCCUGUUUCUAGUGAUGUCAAGCAGCAAAGGGAAAGAUGUAGCAGAAGGAUCAUCAAGAUCAGGUGGUGGUGUUGGUGGUAAUGCUACUGAUCAGCAGAACCCACCUCCGUUGAGCCGGUACGAAUCACAGAAACGCCGAGAUUGGAACACUUUCGGGCAGUACCUGAGGAACCAGCGGCCACCGGUUGCGCUAUCUCAAUGCAACGCCAACCAUGUUCUUGAUUUUCUUCGGUACCUGGAUCAAUUUGGCAAGACUAAGGUGCACUUACAAGGAUGUGUGUUUUUUGGACAGCCAGAGCCACCAGGUCCUUGUACUUGCCCUCUCAAGCAAGCUUGGGGUAGUCUCGACGCCCUAAUCGGCCGGCUAAGGGCUGCUUAUGAAGAAAAUGGCGGGUUGCCGGAGACGAACCCUUUUGCAAGUGGUGCUAUUCGAGUGUAUCUGAAAGAAGUCAGAGACUCACAAGCUAAGGCAAGAGGGAUUCCUUAUAAGAAGAAGAAGAAGAAGAAGAGGAAUCCGAUGAAAGCUAGUGAUGAUCAGAGCUCAAGCUUUCCCUUGCAGUAAUCUUGAUUGAUUCUUGUGGUCCCUAAAAAAUAUUAUGGCCCUCAAAAUUUUCAAGAGUCUUGCAUUCACCAUUACCAUUUUGAAGGUCUAUCAACUCUUCCCUUUUGGAUUGAGUAGCUAGUUCUUGGUCUUUGCGGUCUUAUGGCUGAAGCAGUGUAAUCUAUAGCUAAAAAUGAUCUGAGAUAAAAAGGGAUCAAGUUGGUCAAGAUAAAACCAGGAGUUGAAAUGGGGUAAGUAAAAAUUUUCUCCUUCUUUGUCCAUUUAAGUUCACUAUCUUAUCAAACAUAAUCAAGUGUGUUAUCUUCAUCAUGUACUAUUAUCCGAAUAUGUGUAUUAUGGAUCGAUCGAUGCAAAACUAUAUAUCCUAGUUGCAAGUUUCUCAAUUAA